AUGCCUGAGCACGUCACGAAGUCAAAUACCAACCAGAAGAUCUUGCUGCACACUAUAGUUCCCGGGACGCGAUUGAGCGCCAGGGCCGCAACGCUUCUUGCCGCACUUGCUGUCCGGAUGGGUGUUACUUUCCUGGCCGAUGCGGCAGAGUAUGAGAUGUAUAGUUACAGAGAUAACUGGAACAAUGUCCAUGUACAGGAAACAUGGCCUCUCGGCUGCUUGAACCUUCUCCUAGAUGCCAACCAGACACACAAAACGGCGCGAAAAGAGUCAAAUGCCGAAAAGCCGAACAGUCCCCACAGGCUUUUCAAGACAUUGGACGUUGCCUUGUUCGAAUGUCUGGUUGCCCUCAAGACGCUCGAGAUCAGCCUUGACGCCGAGCCGACUAUCCACAUUCCCUGGACACCCAAGAAGGCAGUCUGCCCCAUCGGACCACUGUUCACCUGUCAACUGUGCCAGUAUCCUCGCUCUGUGACUAUCAUGGGCCCUGACGCGAAAUGUGGCAUUUGUUUGGGGCUUGAUCCUCUGGAGUCCUUAGACUCAAACAAGGCGCGCAUUGAGAUAGGAGCCUCGCACGACACAACUCCUAGUUCUGACGCCACCUGGGUCGAGUGA